AGGAAGCCGAGUAAAUUGCAGAAAUGGCAACUGCAGUGAGGAGGAUCAAACUGGGCUCCCAAGGCUUUGAAGUCUCUGCACAAGGACUUGGAUGCAUGGGCAUGUCUGCUCUCUAUGGCAUUCCUAAGCCAGAGGCUGAAAUGAUCCCACUCAUACAUCAUGCCAUAGAUAGUGGUGUCACCCAUCUUGACACUUCCGACUUCUAUGGUCCUCACACCAACGAAGUUCUCAUAGGCAAGGCUUUGAAAGGAGGAUAUAGGGAGAAAGUGCAGCUAGCUACCAAGUUCGCGAUAAGAGUACUAGAAGACGGAAGCAUGGGAGGUAUCUGUGGUGAACCAGCAUAUGUUAGAGCAGCAUGUGAAGCUAGUCUGAGGCGUCUGGAUGUUGAUUACAUUGAUCUCUAUUAUGUUCAUCGUAUCGACACUCGUGUGCCUAUAGAAGUCACGAUGGGAGAACUGAAGAAGCUGGUUGAAGAGGGGAAAAUAAGAUACAUAGGGCUCUCAGAGGCCUCACCUGAUACCAUUAGAAGGGCUCAUGCAGUUCAUCCAAUAACAGCAGUUCAAUUGGAGUGGUCUUUGUGGACACGAGAUGCAGAAGACAGUGUUAUUCCCACUUGCAGGGAGCUUGGAAUUGGUAUUGUUGCUUUUAGUCCCUUAGGAAGAGGAUUCUUGGCGUCUGGUAGAAAUUUGGUACAGAACCUGGUUGAUAAUGACUACCGAAAGGUCCUCCCCAGAUUUCAGCCAGAGAAUGUUGAGAACAAUCUGGAAACGUUUGAGCAGGUCAAUGAAAUGGCCUCGAGGAAGGGGUGUACGCCAUCUCAGCUAGCAUUGGCAUGGGUUCAUCAUCAAGGAGAUGAUGUUUGUCCGAUUCCAGGAACAACCAAGUUGGAAAACCUCAACAACAAUAUCAAAGCUUUAAGCGUGAAGCUAACACCAGAGGAAAUGGCUGCGCUUGAGUCCAUUUCUAAUGCAAUUAAGGGCGAAAGGAACAAGUACAUGGUCCUUACAUGGAGACACGCCGAUACUCCACCCCUGUCCUCCUGGAAACCUAUAUGAGUGGAUUUCCAGCCCUUUUACUUCUAGCAGUAUUAACCUGAGAUGAGUAGUUGAAUUGGUACUACUGCGGAGUGUCCUGUGUUUGGCUCUGGUUCUGGACUUUUAUGUUUGAGGGGUUUGUAGUAUGAAAUGAGUUUUCUGUUGUUCUUGUUUGACAAAAUAAUGGACCUGGUGAGUAUAUGAGAAAAUUUAUA